UCGAGCUGCUCUGACAGGAAAUAACCUUGAUAAUGGAAAGCGGCUGCUCUCUUCAGCUGAAUACGGCGAGGAUGGCGAUGAAGAUGGCUGCCGUCUCCACCGCCGCCCUGCUCCUGCUCUGCUGCUCCGUCUUCGCCUCCAAAGGUUCUAAGGACGGCUGUGACUUCUCUGCUGCAACAAACGACAACUUUACUGUGCCACUGCACCACGCACUGCAGAGCACGGAACACUUGAGAUGGGCCCACGACCAAUCAAUAAUCUUCGAUCGCAGGCCAAACAAGUUGGUCAGAGGGAAGGAGGAUGAUAUUUUUAAAAAUGGAUCCCUCAAGCUGACAAAUUUGGACAAAAGCAAGGCUGGGAGAUACACCCCUGAGGUUUUUACUGCCGAUGGAAAGGCGAUAGUCAACCUGAAGAGCACACGUUUAUGUGUAUUUGAACGUGUCCCCAGGCCAGAAGUGACGUUUGAAUGUGUUCAAUCGUCACGUUCAGUCAGGUUUACCUGCACUGCCGGUCAGCCGAACAAGGGCCUCAGCAUUGAAUGGCUUCAGGAUGGCAAGGCAUUGGGAAAGACGAAAAGUCAGACUCUGGUCAAAACAGCUGAAGACCUGAAAAAACAUACUUUCAGCUGCAAGGUGUCCAACAGCUAUACCUCUCUGAUUAGCGAACCUGUUCAACACAACUGCACUAAGCCAGGGUUUGUUUUCCCUGACAAGCUACUGGGAAUUAAUUCAUGGAUAGUUGUGGGCUGCGGUGGAGGUGUUGUUCUGAUGCUGAUUGUCAUCAUCAUUGUUUGCUGCAUCUGCAACAGAAGGAAAAAGCGCAUGCGCUUGAAAGAUGAGGAUGAGCUUCGUUUGACGUGGACCCAUACGAACCAACAACAUCGUUAUUGUCAUCCUCCCGAUCAACAGCAACAUCAUCAUCAUCAUCAUCAUCACCACCAGCACCAGCACCAGCAGCAGCCGGCCGGCCACACCGGCCCUCGCCAACAUCGCUCCAAACAGCCGUGCAACCAGCAGCGACCCAGAGCCCCCGACCAAGCCAGCGGGCAGCCUCAGCCCAGCCCCAGAAGACCUGCACAGAACCCCAGACCGGCUCAUACCACUGACGACGAGCAGCCUCCUCCUCUUCCUCAGCCCAGGAAGAAAGCUCCCAAAACGCCAAGAGUGUGACACCGCGUGAGUGUCGGAGCGUAAUCGCUCCUCUUCUUUCCGAGCGCACCUGCUCUUCUUCGCCAGAAUUCUGUGACGUUCGUGUUUCAUGGAGGAAGACGAAUGAAUCCAAACUCACUCCACACAACACGAAGCUGAAGCUGAACUCAAACUAUGAAUAUUCACAAGUUUCUGCUUUAUUAUGACACAAAUAUUAAGUCAUUAUAAUCUUUGUUAAAUUGUCCUUUUUCCAUUAUCUCAUUGUUACAAUUUAGUUACUUUAUUAUAUCUGAUAGCAAAAGAUGGGCAGAAAUUAGCCUUGUUUAAAAUUAAUUUAGACCAAAAAGUGAAACGAUCUGUGAAGAGCUACCUCUUUCUCUCCUCUUGUUUUGUUCUGCUCUCCUCUGAGCCUUCUGUUUCGCUCAUCUCUGGAGAGACUAUGGGCUGUAAGAGGCCAUUGUUGCAAACUAAUGAGACAUUAAGGUUAGCAUGUCAAACUAUUAUUCUGAGUGAUCUUUAAAAGGGUUAUUAUUGUACUUUUGUAGUUUUUUUAAUAUAAGUGAUCUUCUUUAUACUCGAGUAAUCAUGUGUAUACUGGUUGUCAAACAACAUAUAAAUGAUGGAAGGGUGUAUGAAUGUCUGCCUCGGUGGGGCGUUCAAGGACUUUCUACUUCCGUCCAACAUGCCUGUAUCCAGCAUUGGAACAAACUAAAAUUAAUAAGCACAUUUCAGCAACCUCCAUCUCCUGAGGAAGACCAUGAAAUAAGAAAGCUCAGGAAAAAGCUUUCUCACCUUGAGUUAAAAUCUGAAGGAAACUCCUUGAUUUUGAGCCCCAAAGCCAACACGCAACACUGGGUGCUAUUACAAAAUCAAGGAGUGUUUAUUUAAUUGUAUGAACUUUGCAGCACAUGAAAAUGUGUUUAUGUCUGAUUUUUCUGUCCUUUUUUUUUACCGAGCACAAAUACAAUAUAACAUGAAACAAAAGUUCCUCCUUUGCUUUGUUGUUGAGUUAGAUGAGACUCAGUAACUCAGUACAUUUACUGAAGUACUGUAUGUAGUACUGAAGUAUUUAUGUGAGUCGUCCCGUUUCAUGUCACUUUAUGCUAUCUGUUAGUUAGCUGCUAGUUAAUUUUAUCAGACUGAUAACAGAUCCAUUGUUGAAAAUCAUUAGUUGCAGCCAUCUCAACCAACUACGACUGCUGAAAUAUUAAUGCAUGAGUCAUAAGAUAUAAUAGUGUUCAUAUACUGUAGGGGUAUGUUACAGUACUUUUACUUUUCAUACUAUACUUUCAUAGUUUACAUUUUCAGUGAAAGACUUUCUCCUGUAUUUUUCCUCUUUUGUUUUUUUUUUUUGCUGCUGUAUUUUUACAGCACGGGAUUAGCGCUUGAGUGAAGGAUCUGAUUAUUUCCUCUCUCAGUGGAGCUGGACUGUGUCUUGGCUGAGCUCAGUGACUUCCUGGAGUCUUUCUGUCAACAUGAUGUUGCAACAUGCAACGAGCACGACACCGAAAUGUGAGCUUUAGAGUUUCUGGUGCACCGACUUUGUGACCUUUUGACAGAGCCAGCCAAGCCGUUUCCUCCUGCUUCCAGUCUUUAUGCUAAGCUAAGCUAACGACUGCUCGCUCCAGUGACUUUGUACAUAUUUAACGGUGAGGCAUGAGAGUGGUAUUGAUCUUCUCAUCUAGCUGCCAGCAAGAAAGCAAAUGAGUGAAUUUCCCAAAAUAUCAAACUAUUCCAAUUAAGUUUUCACAUUUUCUUCUUACACUUUGUUUGCCGUCUUUACGUAAAAUUCUGCAGCACACUUGUUUGGAAUGGUAUAUUCCAUAAUGUUUGUCAUGGUAGAGCCUACAGCAUGUCUGAUUAUAAUUUUUAUAAUUUUACUGUUGCUGUUAAAAAAAAAAGUUUUUUGGUUGGUUUUUGAUUUGAUUUUCUACAAGAUAGUUUCUUGUAAAGUGAUUGCAAGUGAUUUGAAAUGCCUUCCACUGCAGCCUUUUCAGGUACAUUUUACAGAUAUGCAAACUAUUUUCUGUACAUUGUAUGUAUGCAGUUCCUUCUCGCUCUUUCUCUGUGUUUUUGUGAUGAAUUAGUGAAUAAAAGAAACGUUGAUGACUGCGA